UCUCCAUUCCCUUUGUCCGGCAGAGCUCAGUUCUUGCUUCAACAGUGUUUGAACGGAACUGGUUCCACCAGCCUCUUUUUUUCCGCCUCUCUGCAGAAAAAAAAAAAAAAGAUUCUCCUUUUCUUCUUUUUCCUCCUUCUGUGCUCUUGCUUGAGUUGACCCGGGGAGAGAGAUCGACUGUGCUCGCAGCCGCUGAUCGAACCAGCCGGAUCCGCUUGCGCGUCAGACGCCCGCCGCCACCUCUUUGUCCGACGCUUCAUCCGAACAUCCUACUUCUCCCGGAGCCAUGGAUUCCCAGAUCCGCCAGAACUACCACCGCGACUGCGAGGCUGCUGUCAACCGCAUGGUCAACAUGGAGCUGUAUGCCAGUUACGUCUAUCUGUCCAUGUCUUCCUACUUUGACCGGGACGAUGUUGCUCUGCGACAUGUAGCUGAGUUCUUACGGUCACAGUCGCAUGAGGAGCGGGAACACGCUGACAAGCUGCUGAAGUUCCAGAGCCAGCGUGGCGGCCGUGUUCUUCUGCAGGAUAUCAAGAAGCCAGAAAAGGAUGCUUGGGGCACGACUCUUGAUGCCAUGGAAGCAGCACUUCAGCUGGAGAAGAAUGUGAACCAGACUCUGCUGGAGCUUCACCGCCUGGCAAGCGGCCAGGGAGACCCACAUCUUUGUGAUUUCUUGGAAACUCACUACCUCGAUGAGCAAGUCAAAGCUAUCAAAGUCCUGGGCGAUUACAUUACCAACCUCAAGCGGCUGGGGGCAAGCCAAGGAGGGCUGGGAGAGUACCUCUUUGACAAGCACACCCUGGGAGAGAGCAGCAGCUGAUUGGCUCUCCCACCCUGGUUCCUGAGAGCACACCCUCCGUGAACCCACAGAAACAGACCCACCUCCAUCACUGUUGCCGUGCCCCAAUCAAGGGGGUUGUACCUGCCAUCUCUCAGUUGGCACGCUUCCAAUAAACAAGGGUUCACCAGUUUAAA